AUGGUUGUCCUUCGCGUCCCCUUGAUCGCCACGAUCUUUCUCCUGUCAAACAGUGUCUCUGGGUUGAAAGUAGCACCUGGGUCGCCAUGUGUCGCGUUAUGUUCGAAUAGUCAGGAUCCAAAUCACUCGGUUACGACUGAAGACGAAAUUGCGUGCCAGGAUAGUUCAUUGAAUUCAACCGCCGUCGGACAGAGGUUUAAAUCUUGUGUGCAAUGCCUACAGAAUAGCACCUUUACGGCAGGCGGUGGCGAUGAUCAGAAAUGGUUUUUAUGUGAGUAUUCUCCUCGAAUCCGCGUUCUCGUUGCUGACUCCAAGUUUCAAGAUAACAUGCGGUUUGCGCUCAGUACAUGCUUAUUCGGAUUUCGCAACAACUCAGAUACGGUUUCCACACCGUGCUCUACCUCUCCCGCAUGUGGACCUCUUAGAGCUGCAGUGGGCAAUGCCGACUUGAUCCCUGAGAAUGAGGACACGUACUCAUUCUGUACUGCAGAUGAGCACGCGAUGGUUGGAGGUUCUGAGUUCAGAUGCACACAAUGUCUCAAAGCCAGCCCACAAAAAUACCUUGGAAACUUUGUCGCAGCUUUAAAGGGUAGUUGUAGUCAGCAACCUCCGUUGGGUACAAUGAUAGGACUCUCUAGCUCGGUCUUCACGUCUGAUGAGAUUACGCCAACCUUUCCCGGAGACAACCCAAAUACCCGUUCGUCUAAUGACAAGAAAGGUCUCUCACGCAACGCAAUCAUUGGGAUCUCAAUAGGAGUAUGUGGUCUACUUCUCAUCAUUCUUGCGAUCCUUUAUUGGCUUGCUCGUAGACAAAGAUUCAAGCAUAUGAAAGGUCUGAAUUCGGGCUUCGAUGAGCGGUUCGGCGCUCCAAACAUCACCUCACCAAACUCCGGUGCGUACGGUAAUCCUUACGCCAGCCCGGCUGUACACUCGGCUCCUCUCCAGUUUGUUCCCGGUGGCCAUUCGCGAAAGGCUUCUCAUGAUCAAGAUUACGUUGAAAGAAAGGGUGAUUGGCAGGGACACAAUCUACCAUUUCAGCGUCAGAUCGGAUCGCUUCCUCAGACUCAGAUGCCUACACAUCAAGCAUAUAUCCCAAAGAGCCCGGCAGAAAGCCAUUCAACACAGUUCUCUAUGUCGCCAAUUCAGAGUGCUAAAAACAGCCCUGAAUAUCCGAGCCAUUUAACAUCACCAACCUCAGCUACUACCGCGAAUACAUCUACCACCGCCAGAACUUCACCCUUCACAACCCCUACGGUUCGCGCAGCUCCUAGAUAUCCUCCGAGAACUCAGCAGAGGAAUCAAGGUCUAGGCAACACAAUCACUAGUCCUAUUGAGAACGAGACCGCCACCAAUAGGGCAGCAUACGAACGAAGCGACUUUCAACGGGCAGAGCAGGAACGGAGAGAAAGGGAACGCAGAGGAGAAGUCAUCCGUCCGUUGGAGAAGUUCAGAAAGGAUCACGGAAGAAAAAAGCAAUGGAGCCCUGACACCGUUGAAGACGAGGAUAGUCUUUGGUGA